AUGGGAACCACGCAACUCCAAGACUUCAGGCUCUACACGAUCGGAUGGGUCGCCGCUCUCUCCAAAGAGCUUACCGCUGCGAAAGCGAUGCUCGAUGAGAACCAUGACCAGCCUGCAAACUUCCGACAAACCCUCAGCGACACGAACAACUACACCUGGGGACGCAUUGGCAAGCACAACAUCGUCAUCGCAUCACUUCCGGAGGGAAAGUACGGCCUAGUUUCCGCUGCGGUAACUGCCAGUUUCAUGAUCAGCUCCCUUCCACAUCUUCGAUUCGGUCUGAUGGUCGGCAUUGGUGCCGGAAUACCCAGACCGGGCAAGGAUAUCCGCCUCGGCGACGUAGUCGUUAGUACUCCUGCGGGCGAACAUCCGGGAGUUGUGCAGUACGACUUGGGCAAGUUGGAGAGCGAUGGUCGCUUCAAACGCGUCGGCUCGCUUGCUCCUCCGCCGCGGAUUCUCCUUACGGCGUUGACGAACCUCAAAGCGACACAACCGUUGGAAGGUUCUCAGGUGCCGUCCAUCCUAGACGCGAUGCUCGAGCGUUAUCCUCUCCUGAGAUCACAACAACACGGAUACUUUCACCAAGGUCCACAGAAUGACCGGUUGUUCAUAGCAUCUUCGGUGCACGUCGAGGACAACGACGCAAUCCAGCGCACUUUGGCACAAAAUACCCAGUUCUACAUGCGUCUACAGUUGAUGCUGAGCUGGCUAUGGUCUCUCUUGCUUUUUCUCUGCACAGCCCGGUGGAAGCCUACGCGAAGUCCACUCGGUACUGGCCCAGCUCUGUCGGAUCAAACAAAAGCUGCUCCUCCUCAAGCUACUGCCACAGAGACUUGCACGCAUUGCGAUCCUACCAAGGAAAUACAACGUUCUGCCAGACUAAACAGCCACCCAGUGGUCCAUUAUGGCGUCAUUGCUUCCGGGAAUAUAGUUGUCAAGGAUAGCUUAUCGCGAGAUGCCAUAUUGGAUCGGCUGGGGCCUGAGUGUAUUUGCUUUGAAAUGGAGGCGGCGGGACUGAUGGACAACUUUCCCUGCCUAGUCGUCAGGGGAAUUUGCGACUACGCGAACAACCACAAGAGCGACCAGUGGCAGAACUACGCAGCAGCAACGGCCGCUGCGUAUGCAAAGGAACUACUCGUGGGAUACAUCAGAGCUGAAGAUGUCCAAAAUGCUGACGGAAUUGAGGAGCUCAUGGGAAGAGGUCAGUAA